CACGUGGCACCGCCUGGCCUUCGCUUACUGUCAAAUUAAUGGUUGACAUUUCGCGUCUCGCUGGAGUAUAAUUAAUAGAAUAAACGCUAUAUAAAAUCGUAAAGAAUUAUUAUACGAUUCUAUUGUUUGCUCGACGUUUUCGUAUGUAAAAACAAAGAAAAAAAUCGAAGAUAUCCGCGUUGUACUUCGAAACAAAAUAAUAUUUGUAUACAUAUAACGGCGGGGGUUAGGAUAAUCGAAGAUUACCGCGACGAUAUCAGCGCCACGUUUUAAUACUGAAAACUCGUGUUGGUUACUGUACAGCUGUGAGGUGCGAAACCGUCGUAAAAUUCUCCGUGUGACAAGUGUCAGGCUAUAUUUUUCUCUUCUUCGAAUAAGCGCGACUCCGCUGGCUGACGAGAGGGCGAGCAUCUUCAGCGCGAAAAUGAGGGAGGCAGGAAUAAUGCUGAUAAGCACCGCGCUAACGUGCGUUGUUAUCGGCAAUGCGUACUACCAAAGAAAACAAUUCUAUCCGACCGUUGUUCACAUAACCAAAUCCAAUCCGAGCAUGACCGUGAUUUACGCUCAAGGAUUCAUACUCGCGUUCAUGAUAAACGCCUUCCUGCGAAAGAUCUUUUUCGGUACCCUACGUGCUGCCGAGCUUGAGCAUCUGGUGGAGAAAGUGUGGUAUGCAGUGACGGAAACAUGCUUGGCGUUUACAGUGUUCAGGGAUGAUUUCAGUCCUAAAUUUAUAGCGUUAUUUACUCUCCUUCUGUUCUUGAAGUCAUUUCACUGGCUCGUGGAGGACCGGGUUGAUUAUAUGGAAAGAAGCCCAGUAAUAACAUGGUUGUUUCAUCUCAGAGUUGCUACUUUACUAGGACUUUUGUUUGCCAUAAAUUUAACAAUGAUCCAUUAUGCUUAUAAUACAACGGCCACUAAAGGACCUUCUGUACAACUUGUAUUUGGUUUUGAAUAUGCAAUUUUGCUGACUGUUGUUUUUAACAUCACUGUAAAAUAUGUAUUACACACUAUUGAUCUGCAAAGUGAAAAUCCAUGGGAUAACAAGCCAGUAUUCCUGUUGUAUACAGAAUUGAUUAUUGGCUUAUUAAAGGUUAUCCUCUAUGUUGCCUUUGUGACUUUAAUGAUAAAGUUAUUCACGUUACCUCUAUUUGCAUUGCGUCCUAUGUAUUAUACAAUGCGUGACUUUAAAAAAGCAUUUCAUGAUAUUGUAAUGUCACGAAGGGCUAUCAGGAAUAUGAAUACACUUUAUCCAGAUGCAACAACUGAAGAAUUAGCUGCUGCUGAUAACGUCUGUAUAAUAUGCCGAGAAGAAAUGGUUGCAGCCAGUAAAAAGUUGCCGUGUAAUCACAUCUUCCAUACUGCUUGUCUACGUUCUUGGUUUCAACGUCAACAGACAUGCCCGACAUGCCGGUUGAAUAUUUUGCGACCUACACCGAACAAUGUACCACCUAGACAACAAAAUCCUCCCCAGCCAGGACCACAGGCGCCUCCUCAACCUCCACAAGCACCUGGUGGCAACCCUCCUAUUGGGCCACCAUUUCAUUUCCCAGUAUUUUGGACUGGAUUACCAGCUCCAGGAAUGCCGGAACAACAACAACAGCAGCAGCAGCAGCAGCAGCAGCAACCGUCUCAAAAUAAUGCUGGAAAUACGCCUCCGCCUCAAAAUGUACCACCUACCGGAAAUAUACCGCUUUUCCCGCCACUAUUUCCUGCAAUAGUGCCAUUGCCACCUAUUCCUGUACCACCACCAAAUUUAACUGAAUUAAGCGAAGAAGAGCUUCGAGCGAUGGAAGGUAAUUUGCGGCAAGCUGUUCAGGCCAGGAUACAAACGUUGCAAAGAAUUCAACUUUUAUUGGAUGCAGCCAAUGCAAUGAUGAAUCAAUAUCAAACAGUGGCUGUUACAGCUAACGUUCCUGUGCACAACAGCAGUUCUACAAGCAAUAUCGAUAGUACAUUAGAUACAUCUACAAUGGCAAAACCAAGUACAAGUAAUACAGCGCAUACAAGCGCCGGGAUCACUGACGAAAGUUCUCAAAUUAAAGUGGAAAACAGUCCUACUCCAAGUACGUCGAAAGAAAAUACUUCUUUUCCAAGUACGUCAAAGGAAGAUGUAUCAACAUUUAAUGAAUCUGCUGAUAUAUCAGAUUCACCUAGGACUGAGACAGAAUCUUCGAAUGAACAAGAAAUGUUACGCAGACGUAGAUUACAAAAAUUUUCACCUCCGCCAACAGAAUAAAUAAAAAUAAAAUUGUGUGAUAAAGAUUAUGUAACAUAAUAGUCUUUAACUUGGUUAAUUAUCGGCCUCAAUUAAUACGAACAAUCAAUAAUUGAGGAUUGUAACAACUAAAGUUUGGAUUUUGUGAUCGAUAUGAGAGUUUGUUGAAUGAUAUUGGAAUCAGCCAGUCAAUCGGUUAAGGACAGAUAGAAAUAAUUAUAAGGAAUUCUCUAGCGAUUGUUAAAUCCAGGAGUUAGUAAUAACUGAGACUGAAAGCUCGAGACUCAAAUCAUAAUUUGAAGUUAUCAGCAUUCAUAAACGCAUGAAUUAUUUUUUAAUGAAAUGACAAUUCUUUUGUCUUUCUUUUUAUAAACUAUUAUCAGAGUAUGUAUAAAAAGUAUGAUAAAUUAGUUCGAUUGGCAUUACAUUUUGGAGAUUUACAUAAA